AUGCUUUCCAGUCGUGCCCGCACUCAAGAGUCUCCUUUCUCUCGUCCGAGACCUGCACGCACUUCACGCAGAUCCGCGCCUGUCUCCAAGGUUAAUGAGGAGUCCUCGCCUCCUCCACCACCCUACGAUUCACCAUUAAGUUCUCCUGGGGAGGAGGAUGAUUAUAAAGAGGAUGUACUGCGUCCUCUCGCUUCACAAUAUAAACACAACCAGCGUCGCUUUCGUACUACCUCUGAUACUAGUUAUUUUGACCCGAAUUGGGAGACCGAGUCGCUUUUAGACGAACCUUCUUCAACACAAGGUCAAAGCCGCAGGAUGUGGGAGCCUGAGUCCGAUGACUUGGGUACUCCCACUGCACAAUCAAACCAAUUUUCGCAACCGCGUAGUCCGUCGCCAAAUGUCCCUUCAUCAUCAGACCAAUCGAAUUUCGUCACGCCACCUCCAGCUCGUCUCGCUGCUCUCCAGCAACAGUCAAUGUCGCCAACGGCGCUCCCGGCUACCCCGCAACGUGUAUCACUACUGAAGGACCUAAAUGAACAAUUGCAAGAACGUGUAGACGAGCUGAUGGCUCAGCUUCAUGACGAAGGUGCCGCCUCCUCAACACGUGUUCGCAAGAUGGAACGUGAAAUUGCAAACUUGCAAGCGGAAUUAUUGAGAGUCCAAUUGAGGAACGAUGAACUCGAAGGAACUGCGAAGAGAGAAUCUGACAGUGGGGAGGAAGAGAGGAGAGAGGCUGCCAAGCGCGCCAAAGAACAGAGGAAGGAGAAGUUGAGGGCCGCGAGGCGGAGAAGGUUAACACAUGGCAUAGGCACAUUUUCUGGGACUUGGUAUGGAAGCCCACAGGACUUUGCACCUCCUUCCGGCACACCAUCUAGAAACGUCGUCUCCCAAACAAAGCAGAUGUCCUCUGGAACACCUGUUUUACGACCUCUUGAGAUCACCACGGCCCUCCUUCCUUCUCCGUCCGAAGAAGAACCGUCAGUGGGAUACACAACCACGCCAGUCACUCCCGGUGAAUCACACAGCCCCACUGCUCCCCUUCUUGACGCUUUCAAAUCAUCCUCUCAGAGCUCGGUCGAACCGUUUGGUCAGAAUAGUGCCGCAACGACUGCCACUCUUGUGGAAUCGCCAGCGCAAGGCAUGCCUCCAUUCAAUCUUCUUCCACCUGCCGAUGUGUCAACCAGUCACCUCCCCAUUCAUGAGGACCUCGUGGCCUCUCCAAUGAAACAGAAGUCAAGCCCAAGUAGAACCCUUUCAGCGAAAAGGGCUCUGGGAAGUAAGAUAAUGAUCACAGGUACCGCUGCAAUCUCGAAGGGGAAAGGAAAGAACAGAGCCGCUCUUUCGUCUCUUUCUUUCGUUCCACCCGAAGUCACUAAUGAAUCUAUUUCUCAAUUGGCGCUGAAAGAAUCUACCAGUUCAUCGACAACUCCGACACCUCUUUCACGACCCCGCAAACCUUCUAGUCUCUCUCGCGCCGCCAACCUUAACAUAUCUUUCCCUCGUUUGGAUCGCACUCCGAAUAGGCCUUUCGAUUCAAUCACCUCGCGUAAAACGGACUCUGCAACCUCACCAAUGGCAUCCCUUUCUCUACGGAUGGAUGCACACCUUGACGAAGACGAAACGUCCAAUGUGCUUGUGUCUCCAGUUAUCUUGCAUCAUCAACUGCGUAAUCCUUUCUUGAACGUGGCCCCUUCUGACAGCGGGAGUCCACUUCGGGCCACAAAGACGUUGAUGAGCGAGUUAGGAAGUGAAUUUGGCGGUGAUUGGAAAGCGCCAUUGGAGCCGGAGUUACUUGGUUUGGACGUCAUAACCCCGGCGGAUGAGGCGAACCUUACGAGGGAUGAGACGUCUAUUGUUGACGAUCACGCUCAGGAAGGACAGCAACAUUCUCAUCACCAAGAACUUGUCUUGAACGAUGGUUCGAUGGAGGCCAUGAACGCUUUAGCAUUCGCGCUCGAUCCGAUGCGAUUUGGUGAUCCUCGUGCGUCGGAUGAGCACAUAUUGCCUUUGGGUUGUCUGCGAAAUGCCCCUCCUGACACGUUUCAUUUGCUUGAUAAGGCGAUUGCUGCUCGACCUGCCGUUUGGAUUGAUAGCAGGGAGGCGGGCAGGAAUGGAAGGGAGAGGAAUCUAUUGAUCAGUGGUCUUGGGGAGUCGAUGAAGCUGCCCAGUGCCAGGGUUAGGGAUGCUACGUGGAACCUUUACCCUGAUGAGGACAGUGAUGUCGUAGAGGGGGAUAAUGAUGAAUCGCCUCUCGUGAGGAGAGAGAGGGCGUUGGAUAGAAUGGAUAGGACGAGAAUGAGGAGGAUAUCCACGUAUGGCCUCGCGUCGACGGCGGUACGUGCAGCUGCGGCUGUGACUCCGGCUCAGGUGUCUGGUCCUGGUGUUGGACUGGCGUUUUCAGCUGCAGGUCGCUCUCCUCUUUCUAGUCAAGUACCCCCUUUUGGAGGGGGUGAUUAUAUUCCCACUCCCCGACAACCACUUCCUUCUGGACCGUCCGAUUCUUUCUUUUCUUCUCGAUCCCCACCUCGUCUUUCGUCGUCGAGACGCGGGGGGGAUGAAUAUCCGACUGAGGACUCAUAUGAUGAUCAUGGUAGCGGUAGCGAUGACGAUGACGAUGACGUUCGAACCUCUGCUUCCGGGAGUGAAGAUGACCGAGAUCGGCCGCUCGUAUCGUACUUUGAACCGCAAGUUUUGGUCUCCAGGGUGAAAAAAUCGUCGAUGCACACAGUGAUGCAGGCUUGGAUUACCUUCCAGUUUAUGGCUGUUGUCACGGUGUUUAUUUACCUUGCGGCUAGGAAAGGUCCCAAUGCGAUCUUGGGCGGUGGCCUCGGAGGGAGAAACAGUAGCAAAGGACUGGUUGGAAGGGCUAGGAGUAGCAGAGGUGUUCAUUCAAGACGUCGGUGA